UGUCACCUGUCGUCACCGUGGCACACGCGAACAACGCGGAUGAUAGACGACCUUAGCUGGACAAAGCGGGCGAAAUUGUUUUCUUUUCUUUUUCGCGUUCAUGGCGCGUUAUCGUCGCCGCCGACGCAUCGACGAUGAGCGUCGAUAAGCUCGAAUAAAAUCUCGUCGUCGAAGGUAGCGUGAAGGUUGCUCCGACUGUCCGACUUGUCACAUCGCGCUGGAGGUAGUGCAUCUCGGCGACCUCGGCGUGCCGUUACAGCUGAGAACUGGAUCGUGAGAUCGUUAACCCGCCUAACGUUCCCGUCUUGAGGCGAGGAGUCAGAUCCUCUUGAUGCGGAUCGAGUCGCCCGCCGGGAUGGAGCAGAGGUUGCCAAUGAACCCGUCGAGACCGCCGCAUCAGACGCCGCCGAGUCACUCGAGGAAGCACAAGAGACGAUCCGGCCGUAGGACCAAUCCGUUGGAGACGGUACUGGACGACACAUGGUCGAACAUGGUUCCGCCGAGCGGCAACCAGGACGGUGGCCUAGUGGCCGGUGUUGAGUACUCGCCGCAGAUGCUGUGGCAGCCGACGGACGUGCAGCCGCAGAGCGUGCCGGGUAACGGGCAACGUCUGUUUACCGCGAUGUCGGAUCCGAGCGUCUGUGGUUACUCGCCGAUGCCGAUGACGUACACUAUGCAGCCAGUCUCACUGCCAACGAUGUACAGGAUGUACCAGCCGAUGCCGGUGCCAAAUGUCAGAACUGUCCACAGUAGACACAGGCAUCACUAUAACAAGCAUCUGGCGAACGUUCGUCCUAACAAUGCUAACAGUAAUGUUAAUGGUUACGGAAGUCCACAAGAGAACGGAGCUGUGGAACCUGCUGUACAUAUCGCUCUUCAAAAUGGAGAUUUUGCCAGUCUACCGCCUACCGCCAACAAAGACAGCGGAGUGAACGGCGACGAGCUUAACUCGGAGCAUAGAAGAUACUCUGAUCCUGGACUGGGCCCUGCUGGGAACUCUGGCUGCAUGGACAGUGAUGAUUCUGAGUCAAGUGUCGAGAGUGGAAGUUCCAUUACAACAAUUAGCCGUAGCAAUAAACUUGUCCUGUCGCUUAUUGAACAGAUGACAGAGUUAAAAAAGUGUAAUGGCCAAUUGUUUAAAGAGCUUAGUGAAACUAAGUCGAAUUUAGAGAAUGUAAAAGCAAAAUUGGCACAGUGUAAACAUAGUACUCCUGCGGAUUAUCAACCUGGAAUGUUAUCAGAACUUAUACGUGAAGUUAGAGAAGCUAAUAGGAAUUGUGAAGAAAGUUUAGUUACAAAAGUUAAAUCUAUGUUGGAACAGAGAUGUAAUCGACAAACAAAAGAGGUGGACGAGCUGAAGAAUCAAUUGGCAAAGCUUAUAAAAGAGAAAGAAGAAAGUGACCAGCGUGUCGCGAAACUGGAGGAGGAAAUGACGGUGUUGAAGCUGAGCGCAACCAACGAGGGCCGCGAGAUCGCAGUCUUCGAGGAGGAGAAUUUGGCGCUGCGACGGGAGCUCCAGGAGGCGCGGGCAUCCAGGACCCUGGCCGAGAAUCACGCGGCAAAGUGCGUAAACUUGGCGAUAUCCAGAUCUGUCACGCCUGUAACUUUUGAUACGCCCUGUGUAACCAGCACCCCCGUGCGUACCGCUCUUGCCAGUUGCUUCCUGCUCCCCGCUAUCCCACCCGCAUCGCACACAUUCUCCUCCGAUUCUUCCACUUCACGUCCCCGUUCCGCGGAGGUGACUCUUCGACUCAUCUCCGAUGCGUCGAAUCGAUGUGAAAAUUCCGCGACGGAUUCCGGACCCGUGUCCCGCGAGGACUCGCCGACGGACGAGAACGCGCGGUCAGAAAUGUCUUCGGCGUCCCGUCAAACCGUCGCUGUAACUUGCACGAACGACGAUGCCGCGAAUACGGUUGACAUCGGACUUUGGAACAAAAUGGAAACCCAGAGUUCGGGAUUCGUCGAUACUAAGGCUAUUUGCGAAAUUAUGUCCAUGUUGGAAUUGAACGAUUACUUUGUGCCGUUCGAUCAGGAGGAAGCGCGCAACGUUGGCACUACGAACGAUAGUAAAGUGAAAACCGAGGAGAAAACCGAGGAGGAACCAAGAACUAAGAAGCAUUUGAUAUCGACUGAUGGCCUGGAACCUGGCAAUCAGGUAUUGGUAUCGCGCGAAAUGAAGAUGUCAUCGAUAAUGGAAAAGGAUGAGGCCAAGGAUCUCGAAUCAUCUAAAGUCCUCGAGGAACAGAACGAUUUGCCGGACAAGCUGAACGAUGCUGCGAGCAAAGCGGAGAAAUUCAUCAGUCACUCGGAUAAUCACAGCUUCUGGCAGAAAUUGCGCAAGUUUAACAAUCAGCGUGGAAGCUUUAAGAAAUCCCGACGAAAGAAGGCAAGCUUGAGGAGGCUGUUCAGCGAGGGCGACAAAGAUUUGCGCGAGGACACUAAGAACCCGGUCGGCACGGUCUCACCGUGCUCCUCCGAGAGCAAUCGCGACACGGCGAACGAGGACGAGGACGAUUGUUUUUCUAAUGACAGUCGCACGGAUCGAACCAUCACCGACGUGCCGGACGUCGUAGUGAUCAACGGCGGCUCCAUCGUUCCGAAUAACCUCUGCUCAACGAGAACCCUGACUUCCAGAACCCAAACAGCACCUUCACGUGCCACCUACACCACCGCCUAUAUCUAGGUUGCGCGCGUACGCGCGGGGCCCCGAGUAAAAAGACAAAAAGAACGCCAUAUACACCACGCUGCUCGUCGCCAAUAUCCGCGAAAGGGGGCUUCAAGGGGCUUUUUACUAGAGGCUACUACUAUGUACAUAUCGAAUAGCACGUAGGUCUAUUAUUCACUCGUCAUGCAUGCUUUUUCGUACACGCUCGUCGCACACUCGUGCCCCCGGCACUUCGGGGGAAUUACGUCAUUCCUGCUGUCUAAAGGAGAUUCGUAUUUUUGAACAUGUAUACAUAAAUUGUAUGCAUCAGCUGAAAAUGUUUGUGUAAGUUAAGAAAAAAAAAUUGGCCUUUUUUAAAAAAGAAAUUUUGUUUUCGAUGAAUUACAUAUAUGUGUAUAGUUGAUUAAUAUCGAGUUCUCCUUUUAUAAUAUAACUUGUUAUAACUUGUUAACAUAAGGAUUUAAACUUUAGAGCAAUAUAUAGUUAUUUAUGAUGUCUUACGAUAUAACUCUUUCCUACUGGAAUAACGUAAUUCAUCUGCGCCAUAUUCGCGACAUUUCGCAGCACUGUUUCUGUAGCGUUGCAUCUUAAAAGGAAAUUGGAGAAAGACGGCUUCUUGCUAACCAGAAGUAAAAAUCUUUAAUUUAAUGAUUUAUAUAUUCGUAUUUUCAUUUUUUUUUUUACAUAAGCGAGGUGUUUUCUAUCAUUGUAAGGAACUUUUCAUGGAAAGGAAGGUAAAGAGUAGUAAUUGAUUAGCAUUAAUGACCAAAGGGGUUUGCAUAAAUCGACGUGGCAAUUACUCCAGUUGCUAUUUAAGUAUGCAGACACUUUAAUACAUUAUCAUUAUUCGCUACGCUUAUAGAAAUGUUGUAUAUUGUUAUUUUAUAAUGAAUAUCUGUUUCUUUCAUGUAGAGAUAUUCGCGUAAAUAUAUAUCAUAUGUAUGUAAAAUGCCAAAUAUGCACAAUAAAUACAUUUUUUUCGUAAA